GGCAGCGGCGGCGGCGGCCCCGGGGGCGCCCCGCCGCCGCCAGCCGCGCCUCUGCCACAUGCUGAAGGGCCCCGACGGCUACGGCUUCCACCUGCACGGCGAGAAGGGCAAGAGCGGGCAGUUCAUCCGCAAGGUCGAGCCCGACUCGCCGGCCGAGGAGGCAGGGCUGCGCGCCGGCGACCGCGUCGUCGAAGUCAACGGCGUCAACGUCGAGAAGGAGACGCACCAUCAGGUUGUGCAGCGUAUCAAAGUUGUCGAAGCUGAGACCAGCUUGCUGGUGGUGGACAAAGAGACGGACGACUACCUCCGAAGCCUUCAGCUGACCUGCACAAAAGAGAUGGUGAGCGCAGGUAUCGUGGCAGACUUGGAAGCGUUGCCAGCCAAAUCACCCAGCAGCGAUAAUGGAGAUAUCUGGAAACCUCAGAUGGAGCUGAGUGGCAGGAACCUCAAGAGGCACAAGCACAGCUUGAGCUUGGAGAGUGCAAAGAAGGAUGUGAAUGGGCAAGCCAAGGAGCCUCUGUGCCCACGGCUUUGCCAUCUCCAGAAAGGCCCCACUGGCUAUGGAUUCAACCUCCACAGUGAGAAGUCCCGGCCUGGGCAGUUCAUCCGCUCUGUAGACCCUGAUUCACCAGCAUCCAAGGCAGGACUCCGACCACAGGACAGGCUCAUUGAGGUGAAUGGGAUCAACGUGGAAGGCAUGAAGCAUUCCGAGGUGGUGUCACACAUCAAGUCCAAGGAGGACGAAGCAAAGCUGCUGGUCGUGGACCCCGAAACAGAUGAAUACUUCAGGAAGCUCAGCGUAACCCCUGCAGAGGAGCACAUCAGAGGCGGCCUUCCUCAGCCUGUGACCAAUGGCUCCGCGCAGAGGCGGCAGCUGAACGGAGGAUCCACGUCUUCAUCUCACAGUGAUUGCCAAAGUCCUGAGAAGGGAUCAGAGGUGGGAGAAGCCGCGAAAAAGGAUCCAUUUGAAGAAAGUGGCUUGAACCUGAGUCCAACAGCAGCAGAAGCCAAAGAGAAAGUGCGGGCCAAGCGGGUGAACAAGAGGGCCCCGCAGAUGGACUGGAACAAGAAACGGGAGAUUUUCAGCAACUUCUGAGCCAGUCUGGCAGCUGCUCUUCCUUUCCAGCUGCUCCUGCAACAGCACAUUUGCAAUGUAUUCGAAUCGUGUUCCACCCGCUAUGGGCAUAGCUCUGAGGCACUUCCCAUGCUGCCUUCUUCCUAGCUUUGUGUUGCUUCGUGCAAGGCAGAUUUUCAAUGCCUCUCUUAUUGUACAAAAGUGGUGAAAGAGAGAAAUGGAAUCUGCAGAGCUCAGAUGUCACGGAAAGGUAGCUGAAGUUCCAGCCGUAACAAACAGGAAAAGCAAAUCUUUCCCAUUUUGUUUUAAUUUUGGAUCACUUAACCUGCAAUAUUAUUUAUAGGACCAUUUUUAUAUAAUUAAUUGUUUAAGUUUCUUCCCUACUCCCUUUCCUUUAGACAUUUUAAAUAUUUUUACAUUGUAAACAGAGUGCAUUUUCUUUCCAAUUAAUGGAAUGCUAUGGUUUAUUUCAGGGUGGGUUACAGUAUUAACCUUCUCAUACACGGCUGGCUCACCACUCCAAGAUUGCAAGGGUGCUCUGUGGAGAUUUUUUUUAAUGGAGUGGGGGAAAGGGUUUCAUCUGUUUUUCUUUAGUGCUUGAGACACCCUCCCUUUAAACCGCGUGCACUGCAAGUCCUGCUCUUCGCAAAGCCCUCUUCCAUGCCUCGUGCCUCUCCUGGGCCAGGUUCCCCAUAUGCAAGAGCCGGCCUUACUGGGAACGUAGGAAAUGGGAGCAAAAUGCUGCCAUGAUGGCUGGCGGGAUGCAGUAGGCGGGCCCCCUUGCCAACACCUGGGGACCGCGGGGAGAGACCCAGUGAAGCCCGAGACCUGCAAGCGAUCGUAAUCCAAUUCCACUGUGGCAGUAACUGGAAAGAAGGCUUUUAGUGCAACCUGGGGAAGCACAGGGAAACCGCUACAUCCAGGGAGCGAUAUGGCGUUCCUGUGACCGCUCCUCACACUGGGUGAGCUCCUCACAACUUGGGUGGGGCACAGGGAAUUCCUGCAGGGCAAAGCUCAGCAAAGCUGAGCUGCUUCUUGAAAAACAGCUCACCCAGCAAAUCAGUUUCAUCUCCAAUUGUACUGCUAUUUCCUCUUCAAGGGCAUUAAAAAAAAAAGCAAGGCCCUUAGUUUCAUAAUCUUGUUGCUCUUUUAACAUUCAUAUCAUUGAACAAGCUUCUUUUUGCACAGCAGCGGAAAGUGGGGAGAUUCUCCUGCUGUACAAAACCUCCAUGUCUUUUGUAGAUGCGUCUGACCUUCCCACAAGCCUCCCUUUGGAGAUGAUGGGCAGGGGAUUCCUGAAUGCAGAAGCCAAAUCGUAGUUUUAGCCAUGCUGUGCCAAUUUGCAUUUCACCAGCUUCUGAUCCCCUCCCGCUCUUGUACUGUUCUUUCUGAGGAAGGAGCUUCCUGCCUUGAUGAGGAAGUUCGUGCACCUGCUCCUGCAUGUUCCAUGUGGACAUUAUGGGUGUUGGGCCCACUACGUUUUCCCCAUUGUGUAUCCAAGCAAAUAAAAUAGGACAACACCCUCCACCGCAGAAGGAAGGACUGUGUUGGGUUAGAACAUGAGAAGCUGCUCUGCUCACAAGGCCGGCCAGACCCGCAGCAGGAUAUCCUGGGGUAGCGGAGUGUGAGGCCGGUUGGCCUCGCGAGGCUCGGCCCGGGGAAGUGUGCCUGGCAAGCCCUGGGGCAGGAGCACAAGCGGUGAGAAUGGGAGAGAUCUCAGCCCGAGUCUGUGCCGGGGUCGGGGGUGCAUUUGCAGGCGACAGGCGCAAACGUGUUUUGGACUCGGACCUCAGAGAAAGCAGAGCAUUUUGGGAUAUCCCUCCUGUGCAGUCCCCGAUUUCGGUCCUUCAUUCUGGAUCAUAUUGCCUCUUGUGCAGAGUAUGUUUAGACAGCGUGACGUGCAUGGAUAUGAGCUCCUGCAUAAUUGCGUAAACUCCAGGAGACAUCAAGUACUUGUGUCCAUGUGGAGAUCCGUCAAAUGUGUCCUUACAAAAGCAUCACAGCUGCAUUUCAGAAAAUUUGGUGCCCAGACUCUUAACUGGAACCUGCUAAGCAAACAGAGUAGAGCUAUACUGAUCGGAUCUUAACAUGGUGUGUUGUGGGGGUGGGUGGGAGAAGAUUUGGAACAAUUCUCCCCACCUCCUUUACUAAAAUAUAACUUCACUCUCUUUUCUGAUAACUACUUUAGAAAAAACAGUAUUAAUAAGUGAGCUGGAUGAUACUCAAAUGUUCUUUCUUCAAAAAAACCCAGACUAUGUAAACAAGCAUUUGCCACUUGUCACUUAGGGCACAAAUGAACAAUGAAUAUUAGCAUUUUAGAAGAAAAAUGGCUUUGUUCUCACAUGCUGCGAGUUGAACAAGUGCCCUUUGAUAUAAAUACACUCUGGGGCUUUGUGUAUAUUGUGUAAAUGGCUGAGCUGAAUAAGGUGCCUUGGACUGCUCGGUUUCCUCUGGGAGACGGCUGCAGCUCCACAAAGCAGCCUGGGUAAACUGUAUGUGGCUUCUUUUCAGGAAGGCCUUUGUAUAGGCUCAGUAUGGUGCUGACUGAAGGCCUUGAGGAAAAAGGCAGGUUGGGGGAUCGAUGAGCAUGAGGUACAGGCCUCUGAGCACAGCCCAGAGGGCCAAGGAGCCUCUUUGGGCACUUCUAGCAAGGUAAGAAACCGCCUGGAGCGCUGGCACAAUAUGGCUGCCGGGGCGAGUUACGGAGGAGAGGAGACCUUCCCAACAGGAGACUCCUCUGGAUUAUUAUAAUAAUAAUUAUUAUUAUAAUAACAUUUCUAUGGAUUCUCAGGUUUCAGCUCCAAGAGGAACCUAUUUCACAGGAGGGCGACCUCUUCUACCCACUUCCGCACUCACAGCGCAUCCCCCCCACACACACACACCUGUUCGCAUCCCUGCGUGAAAAUGCCCCUCAUCCCUUCAAGCGUCCCAACAUGCACGUUUUCAGAAUCCCUCCAAAACCCCCCCAGCCCUUUCGCGCUCUCCUUUCUCACAAGCAUGUUUUGUGGUUUUGCCCGCAUCCGUUCCCACCACAGGCACACCAGCACCUGCAACCCACCAGCUGUGUCCUCAGCUGGGCUCCCGCUGGUCUUCCCAGCUCCCCUCUCCCGCUCGCUCACUGACGGGAGCGUCCGAGCUCGCACUUUCCGAGGGGCUGGGCCGGCUGCUGGCCUGCCUCGAAGUGGCCUCAGCUGCCACCAAAAGGGUUGCCAGAGUGUGUGUGUGUGGGGGGUCCCAGCAGGGGGGGGGGCAAGCGCCAAGCGGAGUGUCCAGGGCAUAGGCCCAUGACUGCCUGCCCACGGGCCUGCACUAAAGAACCCCAUCCAAGUUCUGCACUGAAACAUUUCCAUCCAGCUUCAUUCAGGUACGGAGAACUGGUUGGCUUUACUGCAAUGCCACAGAAGCUUGGUUCUCAGCAGCAAGAUUCAGUAGCCAGAAUGCACCAGGAAGAAAAAAAAAAAGUGGUAUGUUUAAACCUGACUGAUGGCUUGUUACUUUAAACAAACCAGGAACGGUCUGUCAGUUUCAAAUCCUGGCUUGAUUCUGGCGUUAGCAGACAGAGACCAGGGAUUCUAGUAUGAGCAGCAUGCUAAGUUUUUCCUUCUGAUGAGAGUCUGGGUACAGAAACCAUUCCUAAAGAAGGGAAAAGCCAAGUGGGGGCAAUGUUGGCUGCGUGCCCCAGAGAAAAGCGAGGAUUCUCCAGAAUUGUAUGAAUUCCCUUCUCAGAUUGGCAGGAGACCACCAUUACAAUCCCAGCCCGUGGGAGGUUUGCCUUCUCUGUCUUCUGGGCUGAUGCCAGGACUUUCUACCAUCUUGAAAUUUAUUUCUGCAACCAUAAUGACUAGAAACUUGCUUUUAAAAGUAUAAACCUCAUCUUCAGAGUACAGAUUCCAUAUGUAUGUGCUAUGUUUAUAAGCAGUGCAGGUACAAAGUUUUCCUGCAAAUCACAAGAGUUGGCAACCAGAGAAUAUCUGCCUGGCUAUUAUCAUGACAAUUAUUGCUUUUAAAAAGAUUCCUUGUCCGCAUGUUAACUGGUCAGAAAUAGCUCCACUUUUUCCUUAAAGCGUUCAACAGCCAUGCUUUGCUUACUACAACAUUCCAAAUUAUCUAAAAGCCUGGAACAUUGAAAAUGAUCAAAUUAUUUGCAUAAUCACAUCUACAGAGCUAACUGUUGCAGAAUACAUGCACUGUUCUGGCCUGUUAGGCUUUGCUUGCCUGGUGAACCACUAGUCCUCUGAAGGCAACUUGGGCCGGAUAAACAGCAGUCCAAGGGCUGUGAGCCUUGCGUGGGUUUCAGUGCCAGGAUAGCUGCUUUUAGGCCAGGGAUGCCUGUGAGUGGAAACGUAACUUGGGAAAGAGCAACACUGUGGGAAGCAACACAAAAAUUGUCCCCACCAGUGGUGAUUGAAGUCCAGGAAUGAUUUAAGGUGUCCUGCAUCUUCAAUGCUGAGUGAGGUCUUUUUGGGGGUGUUUUGUUGAGUCAUCUGAACAGUGCUGCUUGAGGCACAAUCUUGAGCGUUGGGAGGGAAAAGGAAGCCCACACCUGGCAGCACAGCAGAGUCACAGACCUUUCUCCACAUGAGCUUGUACCGGAUCGUGCCCAUAAUGAUUUCUGUUCUUGAGUGACCUGCUUUUUCAAACUGGGCUGAAGAAGCAUCUUGGUCUCAGAAGAAGCAAAUACGGAUUGCUUCCUUUGCUCUCUUAUUUUACUGUUAUACAGAGAGAGAGAGAGAGAGAGAGAGAGAGCACUGACAAAUACAAUAGUGGCCAUCCAAUGCCUUAAGAAGCAGGUCUAAAGUCAGUCCAGAGCCACGUGGUGUAAGGGAUGAGACAGAAGCAGAGCGAGUCAGAAGGGGCCUCCCGGGCCAUCUAGCCCGACCACCGGCUCCAGCCGGCUCCGUUCACGACACGCCCGCCAUGUGUAAUGAAAGCAAGGCUCUGAGGAUAAGCUGAAAAUCUGUGCCCAAGUCUCAAAGGGGGUUGGUUUUCCUUUCUGCCCAAAAGGUUUGUCUCCACUCCACAUCGCCAUUGGACUGAACUAGGUAACUCAAAAGCACCACUGGCUCUUUUUCUGCUACCCUGUAAGCCCUGUAACACUUUCUCAGUUUCUGCACCUCUAACUUAGAAAUUCCCUAGACGGUUAUACAAGAGCUUUUAACUACAUUGUGUAAAAUAUAUGUAUACUAAAAUGUCAAUAAUAAAACCUGUUUCCCAUGUACAGUGA